CCGCCGCGUGGGUGCCAUGGCAACAGAGAGAGCCCUUGACCUGGGUUCCGGAAGCGGGAGAGCUGGAGCUCUGAAGCUACCCUGGUCAAAGGAUGCUGAGUCCGGAACGCCUAGCCCUACCGGACUACGAGUAUCUGGCCCAGCGCCAUGUCCUCACAUACAUGGAGGAUGCAGUAUGCCAGCUGCUAGAGAACAAGGAAGAUAUUAGCCAAUAUGGCAUUGCCAGGUUCUUCACUGAAUAUUUUAACAGUGUAUGUCAGGGAACUCACAUUCUUUUUCGGGAAUUCAGCUUCAUCCAAGCCACCCCUCACAAUAGGGCAUCAUUCUUACGGGCCUUCUGGAGAUGCUUCCGAACUGUAGGCAAAAAUGGCGACAAUAGAACCCUAUCAGUUUGUGUGGUGUUUUCACAUAUGACGUUGGCACAAGCAUGGAAACCAGAAUGGAAGGCUGAAUAAUGGCACCCGAAGAUACCCAGGUUCCUAAUCCCUGGACCCUGUGAAUGUUAUCUUAUAUGACAAGAAGAACUUUGCAGAUAUGAUUAAGUUAAGGAUCUUGAGAUGGGGGAGAUUUUCCUGGUUUAUCCAGGUGGACCUAAAUGUAAUCACAGGUAUCCUUAUAAGAGGCAGACUGUGGGAGACUUUAUGACAGAAGAGGAAGAAGGCAAUGUGAAAGCUGGAAGCAGUGGACAGGGGAAGGUGAUGAGAUGCGGGGCCACAAGCCAAGUAGUGAGGACAGCCUCUAGUCGAUGGCGAAGCCAAAGAAAUAGAUUCUCCCCGGAUCUGCAGAAGGAAUCAGGCCGCUGACACAUUGCUGUUAGCCCUGUUAAGACUCAGUUUGGACUUACGGCCUCCAGAACUAUAGGAGAAUAAAUUUCAGAAAUUUCAAGCCACCAAGUUUGUGGUAAUUUGUUAAAGCAACCAUAAGAUUCUAAUACACACCCCACAUUACUGGCUUCACGGUUUAUUUCCUUCGCACUUUGUCCUUAUAUUUUUCCUACACUUUGCAAUUAUUAUAUUACUUUUCUGAAUUCAGUUAUAAAAGCAUUAUUUCAGAUCAAGUUUGAGGAGUGUUGAGAGUUUAGCUAAGCUACUCCAUGAUUUUGCUGCCUUGCAAUCCAUUUUGUUUGGCCUGCAGAGACCUUAAAAUGAUACCAGCUUCCUCAGCAAGUGCAUGCCUUAGAUAACAGCCUGCAAAGUCACAAACAAAUAUAAGUUCCUGAUAUGACUUUACCACUAGCAGUCUCCCCUGCCUCCCAGGGCUUUCACCUUGUCCCUUAGAUAAGGCCCCCAUGGGAGCUUACCAAAAGCCCACUCUUUUGGUUUGAAUUGACCAAUCCGGCCUUAGCCCAGGAACCCCAAAGUUCUCCACCCACAGACCCCAAUAAAGCCUUGUUGCUCCAGGUCCUGUCACUCUCUGUCUUCACUCUGCCUUGACCUCCCCCUGUGGCUCCUUGAGGUAUGCUUUGUGCUUCCUCCAGGACCUGUCCGUAAUAAACAUCUCUAUUUCAGUUUCUCUUGUGUCUGUUGCUGAACAAGAUAAUAUCUGGUACCCUCUGCUCCACUUAAGAAAUGUUGAUAUAACAAAGUCAUAACAAAGAGGUAUUUUAUUUUGAGAGAAUAUCCUAUCCUAUCCUAUGGCUAUCCCAUAUCCCAACUUUUCCUAUGGCUGCAAUAGAAAAGUGAAAGUGACGGGACCAGUGUUGCUAUAUGUAUAAUGAAAGGAAAUCUUUUCAAGAUGAGGGAGUAGCACAUUUAUGGAAAAAUAUUGAGAAACAAAAGUCAAGUCAAUUAAUCAUCCCACAUCUCUGACUAGAAAUACAAUAGAUUUCCCCUACACCCACCACUCUUCAUUUAAAAAAUUUUCAAACCUACAAGAAAGUUAUGGGAGUAACUUGGAUUCACCAAAUGCUAACAUCUGUUACAUUUGUGCACAAUAGGU